CCGCAUAGCGCCAUAGCCGAACAGCGCGCUCGCGGUUUCUUUUCCCCGUUACGUUUCUGCGCAAAGUGGGGCAUAUCUCAAAUCCCCCUUCCGUUUCUUCCACGCCCCGCCGUCGCGAAACCCCAGAGAGAGAGAGGAGUAGAGAAAUCCGCCGCCGCCGUCGGCCGGGAUGUACAACGGCGUGGGCCUCCCCACCGCGCGGGGUUCCGGCACCAGUGGCCGCGUGCAGUCCAACAACUUCAUCCUCCGGCCCCGCCCCUCCCCUUCCUCCUCCCGCGACCCCGCCGCUCCCGUCGUCGCGCGCGGCGGCGGCGGCAUCAGGGAGGAGAUGGCGGAGCACGAGCGCAAGCGGGCGAUGGAGUCGCGGCUGCUGGAGCUGCGCGAGGCGCUCGAGGAGCAGGGCUACGCCGAGGCAGAGGUCGAGACGCGCCUAGCCGCCGAGGCCCGCAAGCAGGCCGCCGAGUCUGCCGCCGCGGCGAAGGAGGCGCCCGGCCACGGCGGCGGCGGUGUCUGGCCCAAGGGGACGCCUCUCUAGGGUUCCUCUCCACCCUCCGUCGCCAUGGUUUGCGUGGAAGCAAGACGCCGCCGACCCGAAAGGAAAUCGAGAGACCUCGCCACGACGAUCUGCAGAUUUCUGAUCAGUUGCAUUGAUCUCUGUCAUGUGCUUGUAUAAAGUACUACUCCAAUACUACUGUCUCGGUUGAAUUUUUAUGCCAAUGAUAUAUGGUCGAAAAAAUUCCCCUGU